CUCGACCGUUCACAUUCGUCAUCCAUGCCAUGCAUCAUUGCCGUAGGGAAGUUCGACAGGCUCCAGAGUAGAAGUGAGCCAGCUCGGUGUGUAUCACCCGGCCCGUAAGCAAGGACCGGAAACAUGGACUUCUCGCACAUGUCUUCCGCCGAACAGGCGGGCAUGGCGCGAAUCAUCGAGCAGAAGCAGAUGAAAGACUUUAUGCAGCUGUACACGAACCUUGUCGAGAGAUGCUUCAACAACUGCUGCAACGAUUUUACCAGCAGAGCAUUAACAACAAAGGAGGAUAAAUGCAUCGAGCACUGUACGCUGAAGUUCCUGAAGCAUGCCGAGCGGGUAGGGGCAAGAUUUGCAGAGGAGAAUGCAAAAUUGAUGUCGUCCCAACAACCACCGCAAUGAUCGCCAAGAUAAGAGCUAGACAGCCCAGCAUGUAGCUCUGCCUUCCUUUUCACUGUGUAGCAUAGGAAAGAACCCCAUUCGCAACAUUCUGAUCUUG